GGUACAUGUACUCACGACACUCGCUCAAAUGAAUUCGGUUUGUCAAGAGAUUAUUGGGGAUAUGCAAUUACCAGCCAGUGGAGUAAUAACCGAUAACUCUCCUGUAUAUGUUGGAUUUGACAUUGAAUGGAGAGUGUUUGAUAGCAAUCGAAAACGAUUCUGCUCUUUGAGACCCGGAUGCCCAUUACCUACUCAAGUAAAUCAACUUCUCGAAAGCGAAAAUGUCAUAAAAUUUGGAAGACCGGUUAAAGGUGACUUCGGCCAUUUGAAUGGUGUUUUCGACAUCAAUUGUCGAGGUGAUCAAGACGUUUUGGAUUUGUGCGUAGAAAAAGGUGCCGUAUGUCAUAAAAAUGUGAGCCUGAAUUAUUUGGUUCAAUCAGUCCUUGGAUUCAGAAUGAACAAAUCCCUUGAUAUUCGACUCAGUAAUUGGGACUCUAUUUAAUUGAGUCCUGAACAGAUCAAUUACGCUGCUUUGGAUGGUUGGAUUUCUUUGGAGCU